AUGUCUUAUUUCAUCCCGUUCUAUCUCGUCGCCUCUGAUAUCCUAUUGGCCAUUUUCUCACUUAUCGGAAUAAGCCAAUAUCUGCUUAAAGCCGCCCACGACAAAUUCGGGGAGAUUGGCCAAGCAGACCUCCCUAAGGAUCCUCGGUUCUACAAUGGAAUGAUGCUCAGCAAGGAGACCAUUACACCUGUUAGUGAUGAGGAUGCAAUCCCUGUUCGCUGA